CCCAAACAAAUAUACUCAUAUACACCCUUCCAAUCAAAGCAGAAAAUCCGUGCUUACAAAUCGUUCAACAACAAUGACAUCCCUACCACCACGCCCCGACUACACCCCCAGCGAACUCUCAGCCCUAUAUCCCUCCUCCCUCCGCCUCAUCCACCUCCAAGUCCUCGCCCGGCACGGCGAACGCACACCCGUCCGUGCACGUCUCCAAAACGCCGGCGUUCCGGAACACUGGGAUCUUUGCCAAGCAGCGAAACGAUUCCGAGCUUCAGUGCUCCUGCCCGAAGGCUCAAUACCCGGGGCGAUUGGGUCGGAUGAGGUGUGGAAUGAGGGGUUGAGGUACUCGAGGCGUGUCGAGACGUUCGAUAGGAAUGGGAAGGCUGUUAUCGCGGAUGUUGGGAAGGAGGGGGGGAAGGGGGUUUGUAUUCUUGGUGAGUUGACUGAUGAGGGGAGGAGGAGUACGUUGGCGCUUGGGAUGAGGUUGAGGAGGUUGUAUGUAGAUGCGUUGGGGUUUUUGCCGGAGAGGUUGGAGAAGGAGGAACAGAUCUACUUAAGAUCGACACCUAUGCAACGUACGCUGGAGUCUUUACACCAAGUCUUCACGGGACUGUACCCACCUACGGCGCGUGGACCAGGAUUUGAGGCGACGUUCACUACACGAAACUUUACAGAGGAGAAUUUGUACCCGAACGAAGGAGCAUGCAAGCGACUCAAUGACCUUUCUCGACAAUUCGCCGACCUUGCGGCAGAGAAGUGGAAUCCGAUCUUGACUGGCUAUACAUCGGAAAGGGUGAGAAAGUACCUUCCGGACGGUGUUGCAGUCGAUGGACACCCGCGUGUAUCGGGGUUGCUGGAUACCGUGAACUCAAGUCUCGGAAACGGGAUCAAGCUGCCGGCGGAGUUCACUGAUGAGAGGGUACACUGCGAGCUCGAGGCCGCCGCUGUCACGGAGUGGUUCGAUGGGUAUCUUCAGAACGAGCAGUAUCGUCGCUUAGGAGCUGGAAGGCUGUUGGGUGACUUGAAAGACCGGAUGGUUACUGCUACGAAGGAAGAGAAGAAGGGUGGAGUGGAGCAGAAAGUGUGCUUGUACAGUGCGCACGACACCACGUUGGGUGCGGUCCUGGCAAGUCUUGGUUGUUUCGAUGGACGCUGGCCGCCAUACACUUCGUCCAUUGCAUUUGAGUUGUUCUCCAAGGCACCUUCCGAGGCAUCGUCACAAGGCUGGUUGACCAAGUUCUUCGGUGGAGCGAAAGAGGAGCAUUACGUCCGCCUGCGAUACAAUGAGAAGCCGAUGACGCUGCCCGGGUGCGCACCACAAGGCAAGCACCUCGAGGGUGACGCGAGCUUGUGUACACUUGAUGCAUUUAGAGAAGUCGUGGAGUCGAUGGUUCCCGCUGACUGGAUGGGAGAGUGUAACGCGGGCCCCAAGGAUGCGAGUGCGCAGACGGGAAAGAACCUCUAAAAUUAUAACUAAACAAGAGUAC